AUCUCCACAGAGUUUAACACCUAAGCAGAAGAGCAGAGCCCUCGGACGACUCGCUAAAGGGUGUCUCGUCUUCUAGGACUUUUGGACACAACUCAAGACAAAAGGCAGAUGAGGCCGGUGAUCUCAUGUGAAACAACAGUUCUGAAACAUAUCAACCAAGAGACCACGAGCAAAGACAACAGAACAGCUGGAUAACUCAAACAGAACAGAAGUGGACAAUGGAAGACGACAAGCAAUUAGAAGACGAACAAACAAAAGCCAUCAUGAAAACCAAAAGGGAGACUAUUAAAAGACAAAGACAAUUGUCAUGUCAAAUAAUGGGGGAGAUUGAACAACUUUGGGAAGAGACACAAAGAGAGAGAAAUGAAAUGGACUACCUGAAGACGAAUACAGAGCAGCAACAGAGGGACAUUGACAGACUGAGAGCUGAAAAAUAUGAGCAGCACUUAUUGAUUAAAAGACUGAGAUCACAGGUAGAAAAUGUUAUUGAGAAACUCGAGGAGAGUAAAAAUGAAGCUGCUCAAGAAAAAAUGCAACUUCUGAAACUGCAGACUGAAAUACACCAAGAGAGGGAAAGGCUGGAAAGAAGACGUAAUGAGCUCAUUAGUGAGCGACACAAGUUGGAAAUGAUCAAGUACGAUGAGACAAAAUCACAAGAAAGUAAGGAACCCAUGGAGCGGGAGAUAACGGAGAGGAUGAUGGCCGACAGUCUGCUGAGUCUCAUUAACAGAAAUAAGGAAAUAAUGCUUGAAGCAAAACAGGCAAAAGAACAAAUGGAAAAAAACAUGGCAGACGUAAAGCAAGAGUUAGAGAGAAAUAAAAAGGUUGUUUCACAACAUAGAGAUCAAAUUGAGCACAUCAAACAUAAUGUGAAUGUGAAAAUCAACAAGAUGAAGCAAAGGUGGACAGAGAUUCAAAGAGCUGCUGAAACGCAGAGAGCCGUAGUCCCGGAGAUGGAAAGCAGAGAGAGACAGAGAGAAGAAAAAGACACAUUUGACAAUGUGAAGGUUAAACUCAGCCGAAUCCAGGAAGAGAUGGAGAAACUUUGGGACGUGCUGGAAGACACUGAACUGGAAGCACAGGUCCAAUCUGAAAAAGAUGAGAUACAAAAAAUCAAGACUAACAUACAGACUGAGAGAGAAAACAUAAAGAGAGACAGGCAGGUAGCUGAAGCAGAAAUGAAUGCACUGAAGAGUGUGAGGGAGAGUACCGAGAGGCAAACGCAGCAGCUGGACGACUUGUUACAAAGGACAAAGAAAGAAUUAAGAGAGAAAGAAGUGAUGAACUCUGAGAUUGAAAUAAAGAAAAAGGACCUGGCCAAAAUGAUGAGAAUGAGCAGGAGACAAAAGGAAGAGAUCAGCAAGAUGAUGGAAGAGACUGAACAUGCUAAACAAGACUUGGAGGAAAGAAAAGCUAAGACUGAGGAGCAGAGGUCAGAGAGCACGGGGGACAGAACCAGAGACAUAAUACAACAUGAAGAAAAUCAGUUUGACGAAGACGACACAGACCCAAGCACCAAGAAUAAAGUGAACACUGAGAUGAAGAGCGUGAUUCUCCAAGUACAAGAACUCAGACAGAAGCUGCGUAGGGUGAGAGAAGAUACCGAGCAAAGCAGGACGGACUUUACCGAAGAAAAGAGUCAAAUCCAAUGGAUGAAUUUUCAAGUUAAGAAAAAGAGACGAGAGCUUGACCAACGGCUGGAGAGGACCAUGAGAGAGAGGGACGAGUUAGAGAUCAUGAAGGUAAAGAUUCGACGACACAGGGAGGAGGUUGAACAAAAACUGGAAGAUACAAUAACUACCGUUCUGACUGUGGGUGAGAUAAAAGCUAGCAUUGAAAAAGCUGCUGCAGAGAUGAAGAACACCAGGGAGGAGAUGCUUGGAGUCCAAAGAAUGAUGUAUCACAACAAGGAAGAGGUCAAAAAGCACAUGGAUAAGAUCACUGCCAUUAAAGCUCAGGUCAGCAGAUGGAUAUUGACUGAAUCUGCAAUCAGGAAGACUUUUUCAGGAAAUACAUCUAAACUUCAAGAACUACAGAAAGAAACAGACAGAGACCCUCUCAGAGAUCAAACAUUGGAAACUCAAACUCAGAAGGUUUUCUUACAGAUGCAGACAGAAAUUCAUGAAGAAACAAUAAUGGAUGAGGAUCAGACACAAUUAGUGACACAUGUAAGAGAAGUGGAAAAUGAGAUCUCCAAACUCAAGGAAAGAGAGGAGGAGAUAAGGGAGCAAAUGAAGUACACUAUGGAGGACAUGGAGGAAAAAAAUCAAGAGAUUAAAACGAUCAUAAAGGAAAUAAAUGACCUGCAGAGCCGGAAACCAGAAACUGAAAAUGGUUUCCAAAUGAGAGUCUGGGAAAGCACCACUGUUUUCAAACAUGACAUAAUUAAAUAUGAGCUGAAAGUGCAAAAACAGGAGAAUGGCAAUAAGGUGAAACAAGAAGUUAUUGAUGAUGUUCACAAGCAAAAACAAAGUCAGGAGUCAAGAGAAGAUAUACAGACACGUACCGAGGAGAUAGACGGAGGUCGUGAUGAAGAGGACACAGGAAGUGUUGAUGUACAAAGACUUAGUGCGGAGAUUUAUAGAACACAAGAAAUCAUGAAACAAGUAAAACUAGAACUUGAAAACCAAGCUGAAGAAAGAAAUAUCAACCGACAUCAGAAGGAUGAAGAGAGUGGCAUCGAAGGAUUGAUACAAGACAUGCAACAAUUCCAAGAGCUUUUGAAACUGCUAAAAACUGCAAUGAGUCAAAGUAAAAUGCAUCAGGAGGAAGAAAUGAGCAACAUGAAAUCGAUGAAGAUCGCAGCGAAAAAACAGGAAAGAAAACUGGAUCAGAGAUUAGAGAAAACUUUGAGAGAGAGAGACGAAUUUGAUAUUUUAAAAAUAAAAAUGCAGAGACAAACUGCAGAGACUGAGCAGAAGUUGGAGAAAAUAGCUAAAUUUAAGAGCACCAUAGAGAAGAUUGUUGCUAAGACCAGACAGAAAAGUGAAAACAUCGAGAUUAUAAUGAAGGAAACUGAAGUAAAACUGAGACAGUUGGAAGACCUCAACUAUAGGUUUGAGGCUACAAAACAAGAACUUGAAAACAGUCUUUGUUUAAUAUUCCAGAAAAGAGCUGAACUUGAACAAUUCAACACUGACGUCAUGCAGAAAAGGGAUAGAGAAUCUACCUUGGAAAGCACAGAGAGAGAGAAGGGAGGCAUAAAGAAACGUGACAGAACUGAAACCGAUACAGAAAGGGACACAAAGACCAGAACGGGCAAAGAAAUGGAGGAAUUGGAAAAUGACAUUUUCAGACUCAGAUCAGAAAAGGAGAAACUAGAGAAGGAUAUAAAACUGACGACUGACAGUUUGGAUCAGAAAAACAGUGAAAUUGAACAAUUGAAAAAGGCUCUAAGUGAGCAAGUGAAACAAGCGACUGAGAGAGAGGAGAUGUUGAAACAACAGAUUCAAGUAGAGAAGGAGAAUGUGAGAAUAGAAAGACAACAUGCUGAGGCAGAAAUACAUGAGAUGAAGCUUUUAAAGGAGAGUAUCGAAAAACAGAAACAGGAGCUUGAUGACAGGGUGCGAACGGUGGAAGUGGAAGAAAUGAAAAGAGAAAAGGAAGUACCGAGGAGAGAGACCAAAAAGAGAAGAAGAGAAUUGGACCAAAGACUGGAAGAAACCGUGAUACAGAGGGGUGAUUCAGAAAUGUUGAGGAUUAAAUUGCAACAGCAGAAGGAGGACCUGGCUGAGGAGAAGCAGAGAUUCAAGGAUCAGACUACUCUUAUCCAAGAAUACGGAGAGCAUGAAAAGCAAGAGGAAAAAAGCAUCAUGAAGAACGAUGAAAUGAAAGCCAUAGAUUCCAUUAUUGACCUUCAAAACACGAGACAAAAGAUUCAUGAACAUUUGGAAAUAAUUAGGAGGGAAAUGGGAAUUCUGGUAGAUGUAAAUGUUCAGUUAGGGAAACAAAGAGAAGGGCUCAAAGCAUUAAAAACUGAGAACAGGUCUGUAAGACAGAACAUGAGCCAAAUAAAACAUCACAUAAAGAUGGACUUUGAAAAAAUGACAACACAAGCAAAAGCAGAGACGGAUGAAAUGGUCCACAUGAGGAACGAUAUUCAAAAACAAAAACAGGGGCUUCAAAUCAGACUAGAAGAAAUAAAAAGAGAAAGAAGAGAGAUGGAAGUGCUGAAGUCUGAGUUGGAGAUCGAAACAAGAGGAAAUCAACAAAUGAUUCGAAAAGGCCUUCGAAAAGAGCAGGAAGUUAAACAGAUGUGGGCAGAGGUCAAAGGAGAGAGAGAUGCCCUCAAGAGGGAGACACAGAGGUGGAAGAAACAGUUCGACCAGCGAUUGGAGAGGAUCAACCGAGAGAGGGAUGAGCUGGAGAUCAUGAAACUGAAGAUGCAAAGACAAAAGGACAAGAGCAAAGUAGGAAUGGAAGAGUCCAGGAUGGCAACUGUCACAAAUCCAAUUCAAAAGCACUGGGAACUAUUUCAGACAUGUAUCGAGAAAUGCAAAGUCAUGAAAAAACAGAGUGAAGAUUUGAGUGGAGCGAUUAAAGAUGAAAAACGUCACAUGAAGGCCCGAGCAAAGAUAAUAACCCAGGGAAGAGAGGAAGUGGAAAAUAUCAAGAUGGAGAUUCGAAGACAAAAGGAAAUGAUGAUAUGUGCUUUAAAGGACAUGAAACAAAAGCAAACACAUUUGGAGAUGAAUAUCAUAAAAGAGCAAAAAUCAAUAGAAAAGGAAAAGAAGAGAAUCAAAGAAAAAUCUGAAGAGUUAGUCCUGAGAGAAAAAGAGCAGGAGAAUAAAGAGGAGCUUCUCAAAGCUGAGGCAAUGAUGCUCAAAGAUGAAUGGCAGAAAGAAAAUAAAGAACGCAAAGAAAUGAAGAGGCCAAUCAGUACUGGGAGAGAGAAAAGAUUAAAAAUCCACAGAACUAAAAGGAAACUAAUGCAGAAUAAGGACGAUGAAGCAAAAGAGAUCACAAAGGAAGUCCAACGUGGAAAAGAGCAAAAUGAAGAGGUGAAAGUGAUUAGUGACUCUGAGGACACACUGGUGUUACAAGUGAAUGAACCACUUGAAGAUGACAUUGAAGAGAAGGCAGACAUUUUAAAAAGAGAAAUACAACAACAUGAAAAACUUGAAAAAACACCAGGAAAAGAGAAAUUACAAAGUAAAAGGAAACUGAAGCUUUGGUUUAAAGAAUCAGACCAUGAAAAUCUAAACCAGCAGAAAGACAAAGACCUGAAAGACCUGUCUGGGACUGAACAGUUGAAAGGCAAACAAGAUGUCCAUGAAGACAUUCACGAGUUAGAAGAAGGUGAACAUGCAGAAAAAGACAAAGACGUGCCACAAAUGAAACAGAUUGAGCAGGCAAAAAGUGAACUGGAACCAGAUAAAGAAGAAGUAAAAAGGGAAAAGAACAUUAAGGUCUUUGAAAGGGAAGGUGAAAUAAAAAUGUCAGAUGUGGUCAUUGAAAAGGACAAUGUGAUUGAACAGUGGAAGCCAGACUUUGUUAAAGAGCAUGGAGAUAUUGAAAGACAGAAGGUACAGCUGAAGCAAGACAGAGAGGAUCUGGAGAGAGAGAGUGAGGUGAUGAACAAAGAGAAACUGGACUUGGAGCUGAUGAGGUCUGACAUCCUGAAACAAAGAGACAUGUUAGAACAAGAGAAAAAAGAUGUAAAAGAGCAAAGAGACAAAUUGGAAAUCACAAAGUGUGAGCUACAAAAGAAGACAGAACAUGCAGACAGCCAGUUUGAUGAGAUAAACAGAAAGGAAAGCAACAUUAAAGAUCUGACCCUUCAGCUUCAGACAGAAAGAGACAAACUUGAAAACGUCAGGAAGCGAGAACUCAAGGAAGACGAGUUUAAAAGAACAACACAAGAACUGGAAACCAGUAAGAACAGUGUACUGGCAGAAAGAGAAGAACUGGAUGUUUUGAGGAAGGAUCUCAACAAGAAGAGAGAAGAGGUUGAAGCUGCCAUGAACACCAUCAGCAGAGAGAGAGAACAACUCAAUCAGAUGAAGAGUAGUACUGACAUGGACAGACGGAUGCUUGACAAUGAAAAGGACAGAAUGGAAGGAGAAAGGUCUGAGCUGAAAAUAAGAGAAGAUCAACUCUUGAAGGAUCUGGAUAGAGAGAGUGAGAUGAUGAACAAAGAGAAACUGGACUUGGAAAUAAUGAGGUCUGACAUCCUGAAACAAAGAGACAUCUUAGAACAAGAGAAACAAGACAGAGAGGAUCUGGAUAGAGAGAGUGAGAUGAUGAACAAAGAGAAACUGGACUUGGAGCUGAUGAGGUCUGACAUCCUGAAACAAAGAGACAUCUUAGAACAAGAGAAACAAGAUGUAAAACUGGAAAGAGACACCUUGGAAAUCACAAAGUGUGAGCUACAAAAGAAGACAGAACAUGCAGACAGUCAGUUUGAUGAGAUAAACAGAGAGAAAAGCAACAUUGAAGAUCUGACCCUUCAGCUGCAGACAGAAAGAGACAAACUUGAGAACGUCAUGAAAACGAAAACCUUAAAACAAGAAGAUCAAGAACUCAAAGAAGACGAGUUCAAAAGACUAACACAAGAACUGGAAACCAGUAAGAACAGUGUACUGGCAGAAAGAGAAGAACUGGAUGUUUUGAGGAAGGAUCUCAACAAGAAGAAAGAAGAGGUUGAAGCUGCAAUGAACACCAUCAGUGGAGAGAGAGAACAACUCAAUCAGAUGAAGAGUAAUACUGACAUGGACAGACGGAUGCUUGGCAAUGAAAAGAACAGAAUGGAAGGAGAAAGGUCUGAGCUGAAAAUAAGAGAAGAUCAACUCUUGAAUAAAAUGAAUUCAGUUGAAACUCUGAGGGAAAAACUUCAACAGCUGAAUGUGAGGAUGCAAGAAGACAUGAAAAAGAAAAUGGAUAGAUUACAACAAAACAAUGAAGACGUAGUAAUGCUGUACACUGUGUUGGAACAGAAGCUCACAGCUCUAGAUGUACAGAGAGAAAACAUGGCUUGUUUCACUGAGCUGUUGGAGGGAGAAAAGAAAAGUCUGAUAAGUAUACUGUCAGACAUGGUUGUCCAGAGAGAAGACAUGGAACAUCAAUGGAAGCAGAAUUCUGAGUUGGACAAACAAGAUCUUAACAAACUGGAGGCAGAGCUGAAGCAAGACAGAGAGGAUCUGGAUAGAGAGAGUGAGAUGAUGAACAAAGAGAAACUGGACUUGGAGCUGAUGCGGUCUGACAUCCUGAAACAAAGAGACAUGUUGGACCAAGAGAAACAAGAUAUAAAAGAGCAAAGAGACAACUUGGAAAUCACAAAGAGUGAGCUACAAAAGAAGACAGAACAUGUAGACAGUCAGUUUGAUGAGAUAAAAAGAGAGAAAAGCAACAUUAAAGAUCUGACCCUUCAGCUUCAGACAGGAAGAGACAAACUUGAGAAUGUCAUGAAAACAAUUAUCUUAAAACAAGAGCAACACAGACAAGAAAUGAAAGAGAGAAAAGAUGAGUUUCAAAUCACAAUGACUCAGAUAAACAGAGAGAAAAGCAACAUUAAAGAGCUGGCCCUUCAAGUUCAGACAGAAAGAGACAAAGUUCAGAAUGUGAUGAAAAUUAUUGCUUUGAAACAAAAAGAACAACUGCUCAAAGAUGCUGAGAUAAAGAAACAAACACAAGAACUGCUAAACAACAGGAUCAUCAUGCUAGAAGAAAGAGAAAAACUGGAUGUUUUAGGGAAGGAUCUCAACAAGAAGAGAGAAGAGGUUGAAGCUGCCAUGAACACCAUCAGCGGAGAGAGAGAACAACUCAAUCAGAUGAAGACAAGUACUGACAUGGACAGACGGAUGCUUGACAAUGAAAAGGACAGAAUGGAAGGAGAAAGGUCUGAGCUGAAAAUAAGAGAAGGUGAACUCCUGAAUAAAAUGAAGUCAGUUGAAAGUCUGAGGGAAAAACUUCAACAGCUGAAUGAGAGGAUGCAAGAAGACAUGAGAAAGAAAAUGGAAAGAUUACAAACGAACAAUGAAGAUGUAGUAAUGCUGUACGCUGUGUUGGAACAAAAGCUCACAGCUCUAGAUGUACAGAGAGAAAACAUGGCUCGUUGCACUGAGCUGUUGGAGGGAGAAAGGAAACUUCUAAAAACUACACUGUCAGACAUGGUCAUCCAGAGAGAAGAUAUGGAACAUCAAUGGAAGCAGAAGUUUGAGUUGGACAAACAAGAUCUUAACAAACUGAAGUCGGAGCUGAAACAAGACAGAGAGGAUCUGGAUAGAGAGAAUGAGAUGAUGAACAAAGAGAAACUGGACUUGGAGCUGAUGAGGUCUGAUAUCCUGAAACAAAGAGACAUGUUAGAACAAGAGAAACAAGAUAUAAAAGAGCAAAGAGACAAAUUGGAAAUCACAAAGAGUGAGCUACAAAAGAAGACAGAACAUGCAGACAGUCAGUUUGAUGAGAUAAACAGAGAGAAAAGCAACAUUAAAGAGCUGGCCCUACAGCUUCAGACUGAAAGAGACAAACUUGAGAACGUCAUGAAGCGAGAACUCAAGGAAGACGAGUUCAAAAGACAAACACAAGAACUGGAAACCAGUAAGAACAGUUUACUGGCAGAAAGAGAAGAACUGGAUCUUUUGAGGAAGGAUCUCAACAAAAAGUUAGAAGAGGUUGAAGCUGCCAUGAACACCAUCAGUGGAGAGAGAGAACAACUCAAUCAGAUGAAGAGUAGUAUUGACAUGGACAGACGGAUGCUUGACAAUGAAAAGGACAGAAUGGAAGGAGAAAGGUCUGAGCUGAAAAUAAGAGAAGAUCAACUCUUGAAUAAAAUGAAAUCAGUUGAAACUCUGAGGGAAAAACUCGAACAGCUGAAUGAGAGAAUGCAAGAAGACAUGAGAAAGAAAAGGGAAAGAUUACAACAAAACAAUGAAGAUGUAGUAAUGCUGUACACUGUGUUGGAACAAAAACUCACAGCUCUAGAUGUACAGAGGGAAAACAUGGCUCAUAUCACUGAGCUGUUGGAGGGAGAAAAGAAAAGUCUAAAAACGAUACUGUCAGACAUGGUCAUCCAGAGAGAAGACAUGGAAAAACAGUGGAAGCCGAAGUUUGAGUUUGACAAACAAGAUCUUAACAAGUUAAAGGCAGAGCUGAAGCAAGACAGAGAGGAUCUGGAUAGAGAGAAUGAGAUGAUGAACAAAGAGAAACAGGACUUGGAGCUGAUGCGGUCUGACAUCCUGAAACAAAGAGACAUGUUAGAACAAGAGAAACAAGAUAUUAAAGAGCAAAGAGACAACUUGGAAAUCACAAAGUGUGAGCUACAAAAGAAGACAGAACAUGCAGACAGUCAGUUUGAUGAGAUCAACAGAGAGAAAAGCAACAUUAAAGAUCUGACCCUUCAGCUUCAGACAGAAAGAGACAAACUUGAGAACGUCAUGAAGCGAGAACUCAAGGAAGACGAGUUCAACAGACAAACACAAGAACUGGAAACCAGUAAGAACAGUGUAUUGGCAGAAAAAGAAGAACUGGAUGUUUUGAGGAAGGAUCUCAACAAGAAGAGAGAAGAGGUUGAAGCUGCCAUGAACACCAUCAGUGGAGAGAGAGAACAACUCAAUCAGAUGAAGAGUAGUACUGACAUGGACAGACGGAUGCUUGACAAUGAAAAGGACAGAAUGUUUGAGCUGGACAAACAAGAUCUUAACAAACUGAAGGCAGAGCUGAAGCAAGACAGAGAGGAUCUGGAUAGAGAAAGUGAGAUGAUGAACAAAGAGAAACUGGACUUAGAGCUGAUGAAAUCAGACAUGAAAGAACAAAUAAACCUGCUAGAGCAACACAGACAAGAAAUGAAAGAGAGAAAAGAUGAGCUUCAAGUCACAAUGACUCAGAUAAACACAGAGAAAAGCAACAUUAAAGAUCUGACCCUUCAGCUUCAGACAGAAAGAGACAAACUUGAGGAUGUCAUGAAAACGAUUAUCUCAAAACAAGAAGAAAAAGAACUCCAGGAAGACGAGUUCAAAAGACAAACACAAGAACUGGAAACCAGUAAGAACAGUGUACUGGCAGAAAGAGAAGAACUGGAUGCUUUAAGGAAGGAUUUCAACAAGAAGAAAGAAGAGGUUGAAGCUGCCAUGAACACCAUCAGUGGAGAGAGAGAACAACUCAAUCAGAUGAAGAGUAGUACUGACAUGGACAGACGGAUGCUUGACAAUGAAAAGGACAGAAUGGAAGGAGAAAGGUCUGAGCUGAAAAUAAGAGAAGAUCAACUCUUGAAUAAAAUGAAAUCAGUUGAAACUCUGAAGGAAAAACUUCAACAGCUGAACGGAAAGAUGCAAGAAGACAUGAAAAUGAAAAUGGAAAGAUUACAACAAAACAAUGAAGAUGUAGUAAUGCUGUACGCUGUGUUGGAACAAAAGCUCACAGCUCUAGAUGUACAGAGAGAAAACAUGGCUUGUUUCACUGAGCUGUUGGAGAGAGAAAAGAAAAGUCUGAUAAGUAUGCUGUCAGACAUGGUCAUCCAGAGAGAAGACAUGGAACAACAAUGGAAGCAGAAGUCUGAGUUGGACAAACAAGAUCUUAACAACUUGAAGGCAGAGCUGAAGCAAGAGAGAGAGGAUCUGGAUAGAGAAAGUCAGACGAUGAACAAAGAGAAACUGGACUUGGAGCUGAUGAAGUCUGACAUCAUGAAACAAAGAGAUAUGUUAGAACAAGAGAAACAAGACUUAAAAGAGGAAAGAGACAACUUUGAAAUCACAAAGUGUGAGCUACAAAAGAAAACAGAACAUACAGAUAGUCAGUUUGAUGAGAUCAACAGAGAGAAAAGCAACAUUAAAGAUCUAACCCUUCAGCUUCAGACUGAAAGAGACAAUCUUGAGAACGUCAUGCAAACGAUUAUCUCAAAACAAGAAGAACAACAACUCAAGGAAAACGAGUUCAAAAGACAAACACAAGAACUGGAAACCAGUAAGAACAGUGUAUUGGCAGAAAGAGAAGAACUGGAUGUUUUAAGGAAGGAUCUCAACAAGAAGAAAGAAGAGGUUGAAGCUGCCAUGAACACCAUCAGUGGAGAGAGAGAACAACUCAAUCAGAUGAAGAGUAGUACUGACAUGGACAGACAGAUGCUUGACAAUGAAAAGGACAGAAUGUUUGAGUUGGACAAACAAGAUCUUAACAAACUGAAGGCAGAGCUGAAGCAAGACAGAGAGGAUCUGGAUAGAGAGAGUGAGAUGAUGAACAAAGAGAAACUGGACUUGGAGCUGAUGAGGUCUGACAUCCUGAAACAAAUAGACAUGUUAGAACAAGAGAAACAAGAUAUAAAAGAGCAAAAAGACAAAUUGGAAAUGACAAAGUGUGAGCUACAAAAGAAGAUAGAACAUGCAGACAGUCAGUUUGAUGACAUAAACAGAGAGAAAAGCAAGAUUAAAGAUCUGACCCUUCAGCUUCAGACAGAAAGAGACAAACUUGAGAACGUCAUGAAGCGAGAACUCAAGGAAGACGAGUUCAAAAGACAAACAAAAGAACUGGGAACCAGUAAGAACACUGUGAAGGCAGAAAGAGAAGAUAUGGAUCUUUUGAGGAAGGAACGCAACAAAGAGAAAGAAGAUGUUGAAGCUGCCAUGAACACCAUCAGUGGAGAAAGCGAACAACUCAAUCAGAUGAAGAGUAGUACUGACAUGGACAGACGGAUGCUUGACAAUGAAAAGGACAGAAUGGAAGGAGAAAGGUCUGAGCUGAAAAUAAGAGAAGAUCAACUCUUGAAGGAUCUGGAUAGAGAGAGUGAGAUGAUGAACAAAGACAAACUGGACUUGGAGCUGAUGAGGUCUGACAUCCUGAAACAAAGAGACAUCUUAGAACAAGAGAAACAAGAUGUAAAACUGGAAAGAGACACCUUGGAAAUCAAAAAGUGUGAGCUACAAAAGAAGACAGAACAUGCAGACAGUCAGUUUGAUGAGAUAAACAGAGAGAAAAGCAACAUUAAAGAUCUGACCCUUCAGCUGCAGACAGAAAGAGACAAACUUGAGAACGUCAUGAAAACGAAAACCUUAAAACAAGAAGAUCAAGAACUCAAAGAAGACGAGUUCAAAAGACUAACACAAGAACUGGAAACCAGUAAGAACAGUGUACUGGCAGAAAGAGAAGAACUGGAUGUUUUGAGGAAGGAUCUCAACAAGAAGAAAGAAGAGGUUGAAGCUGCCAUGAACACCAUCAGUGGAGAGAGAGAACAACUCAAUCAGAUGAAGAGUAAUACUGACAUGGACAGACAGAUGCUUGGCAAUGAAAAGGACAGAAUGGAAGGAGAAAGGUCUGAGCUGAAAACAAGAGAAGAUCAACUCUUGAAUAAAAUGAAUUCAGUUGAAACUCUGAGGGAAAAACUUCAACAGCUGAAUGUGAGGAUGCAAGAAGACAUGAAAAAGAAAAUGGAUAGAUUACAACAAAACAAUGAAGACGUAGUUAUGCUGUACGCUGUGUUGGAACAGAAGCUCACAGCUCUAGAUGUACAGAGAGAAAACAUGUCUUGUUGCACCGAGCUGUUGGAGGGAGAAAAGAAAAGUCUGAUAAGUAUACUGUCAGACAUGGUCGUCCAGAGAGAAGACAUGGAACAUCAAUGGAAGCAGAAUUCUGAGUUGGACAAACAAGAUCUUAACAAACUGGAGGCAGAGCUGAAGCAAGACAGAGAGGAUCUGGAUAGAGAGAGUGAGAUGAUGAACAAAGAGAAACUGGACUUGGAGCUGAUGCGGUCUGACAUCCUGAAACAAAGAGACAUGUUGGACCAAGAGAAACAAGAUAUAAAAGAGCAAAGAGACAACUUGGAAAUCACAAAGAGUGAGCUACAAAAGAAGACAGAACAUGCAGACAGUCAGUUUGAUGAGAUAAAAAGAGAGAAAAGCAACAUUAAAGAUCUGACCCUUGAGCUUCAGACAGGAAGAGACAAACUUGAGAAUGUCAUGAAAACAAUUAUCUUAAAACAAGAGCAACACAGACAAGAAAUGAAAGAGAGAAAAGAUGAGUUUCAAAUCACAAUGACUCAGAUAAACAGAGAGAAAAGCAACAUUAAAGAGCUGGCCCUUCAAGUUCAGACAGAAAGAGACAAAGUUCAGAAUGUGAUGAAAAUUAUUGCUUUGAAACAAAAAGAACAACUGCUCAAAGAUGCUGAGAUAAAGAAACAAACACAAGAACUGCUAAACAACAGGAUCAUCAUGUUAGAAGAAAGAGAAAAACUGGAUGUUUUAGGGAAGGAUCUCAACAAGAAGAGAGAAGAGGUUGAAGCUGCCAUGAACACCAUCAGCGGAGAGAGAGAACAACUCAAUCAGAUGAAGACAAGUACUGACAUGGACAGACGGAUGCUUGACAAUGAAAAGGACAGAGUGGAAGGAGAAAGGUCUGAGCUGAAAAUAAGAGAAGGUGAACUCCUGAAUAAAAUGAAGUCAGUUGAAAGUCUGAGGGAAAAACUUCAACAGCUGAAUGAGAGGAUGCAAGAAGACAUGAGAAAGAAAAUGGAAAGAUUACAAACGAACAAUGAAGAUGUAGUAAUGCUGUACGCUGUGUUGGAACAAAAGCUCACAGCUCUAGAUGUACAGAGAGAAAACAUGGCUCGUUGCACUGAGCUGUUGGAGGGAGAAAGGAAACUUCUAAAAACUACACUGUCAGACAUGGUCAUCCAGAGAGAAGACAUGGAACAUCAAUGGAAGCAGAAGUUUGAGUUGGACAAACAAGAUCUUAACAAACUGGAGCCAGAGCUGAAGCAAGACAGAGAGGAUCUGGAUAGAGAGAAUGAGAUGAUGAACAAAGAGAAACUGGACUUGGAGCUGAUGAGGUCUGACAUCCUGAAACAAAGAGACAUGUUAGAACAAGAGAAACAAGAUAUAAAAGAGGAAAGAGACAACUUGGAAAUCACAAAGAGUGAGCUACAAAAGAAGACAGAACAUGCAGACAGUCAGUUUGAUGAGAUAAACAGAGAGAAAAGCAACAUUAAAGAGCUGGCCCUACAGCUUCAGACAGAAAGAGACAAACUUGAGAACGUCAUGAAGCGAGAACUCAAGGAAGACGAGUUCAAAAGACAAACACAAGAACUGGAAACCAGUAAGAACAGUUUACUGGCAGAAAGAGAAGAACUGGAUCUUUUGAGGAAGGAUCUCAACAAAAAGUUAGAAGAGGUUGAAGCUGCCAUGAACACCAUCAGUGGAGAGAGAGAACAACUCAAUCAGGUGAAGAGUAGUACUGACAUGGAAAGACGGAUCCUUGACAAUGAAAAGGACAGAAUGGAAGGAGAAAGGUCUGAGCUGAAAAUAAGAGAAGAUCAACUAUUGAAUAAAAUGAAAUCAGUUGAACCUCUGAAGGAAAAACUUCAACAGCUGAAUGACAGGAUGCAAGAAGACAUGAGAAAGAAAAUGGAAAGAUUACAACAAAACAAUGAAGAUGUAGUAAUGCUGUACGCUGUGUUGGAACAAAAGCUGACAGGUCUAGAUGUACAGAGAGAAAACAUGGCUUGUUGCACUGAGCUGUUGGAGAGAGAAAAGAAAAGUCUGAUAAGUAUGCUGUCAGACAUGGUCAUCCAGAGAGAAGACAUGGAACAACAAUGGAAGCAGAAGUCUGAGUUGGACAAACAAGAUCUUAACAACUUGAAGGCAGAGCUGAAGCAAGAGAGAGAGGAUCUGGAUAGAGAAAGUCAGACGAUGAACAAAGAGAAACUGGACAUGGAGCUGAUGAGGUCUGACAUCAUGAAACAAAGAGAUAUGUUAGAACAAGAGAAACAAGACGUAAAAGAGGAAAGAGACAACGUUGAAAUCACAAAGUGUGAGCUACAAAAGAAAACAGAACAUACAGAUAGUCAGUUUGAUGAGAUCAACAGAGAGAAAAGCAACAUUAAAGAUCUAACCCUUCAGCUUCAGACUGAAAGAGACAAUCUCGAGAACGUCAUGCAAACGAUUAUCUCAAAACAAGAAGAACAAGAACUCAAGGAAGACGAGUUCAAAAGACAAACACAAGAACUGGAAACCAGUAAGAACAGUUUACUGGCAGAAAGAGAAGAACUGGAUCUUUUGAGGAAGGAUCUCAACAAAAAGUUAGAAGAGGUUGAAGCUGCCAUGAACACCAUCAGUGGAGAGAGAGAACAACUCAAUCAGAUGAAGAGUAGUAUUGACAUGGACAGACGGAUGCUUGACAAUGAAAAGGACAGAAUGGAAGGAGAAAGGUCUGAGCUGAAAAUAAGAGAAGAUCAACUCUUGAAGGAUCUGGAUAGAGAGAGUGAGAUGAUGAACAAAGAGAAACUGGACUUGGAGCUGAUGCGGUCUGACUUCCUGAAACAAAGAGACAUGUUAGAACAAGAGAAACAAGAUAUUAAAGAGCAAAGAGACAAAUUGGAAAUCACAAAGUGUGAGCUGCAAAAGAAGACAGAACAUGCAGGCAGGCAGUUUGAUGAGAUAAAAAGAGAGAAAAGCAACAUUAAAGAUCUGACCCUUGAGCUUCAGACAGGAAGAGACAAACUUGAGAACGUCAUGAAAACGAUUAUCUUAAAACAAGAGCAACACAGACAAGAAAUGAAAGAGAGAAAAGAUGAGCUUCAAAUAUCAAUGACUCAGAUAAACAGAGAGAAAAACAACAUUAAAGAGCUGGCCCUUCAAGUUCAGACAGAAAGAAACAAAGUUCAGAAUGUGAUGAAAAUUAUUGCUUUGAAACAAAAAGAACAACAGCUCAAAGAUGCUGAGAUAAAGAAACAAACACAAGAACUGCUAAACAACAGGAUCAUCAUGCUAGAAGAAAGAGAAAAACUGGAUGUUUUAGGGAAGGAUCUCAACAAGAAGAGAGAAGAGGUUGAAGCUGCCAUGAACACCAUCAGCGGAGAGAGAGAACAACUCAAUCAGAUGAAGACAAGUACUGACAAGGAAAGACAGAUGCUUGACAAUGAAAAGGACAGAAUGGAAGGAGAAAGGUCUGAGCUGAAAAUAAGAGAAGGUGAACUCCUGAAUAAAAUGAAGUCAGUUGAAAGUCUGAGGGAAAAACUUCAACAGCUGAAUGAGAGGAUGCAAGAAGACAUGAGAAAGAAAAUGGAAAGAUUACAAACGAACAAUGAAGAUGUAGUAAUGCUGUACGCUGUGUUGGAACAAAAGCUCACAGCUCUAGAUGUACAGAGAGAAAACAUGGCUCGUUGCACUGAGCUGUUGGAGGGAGAAAGGAAACUUCUAAAAACUACACUGUCAGACAUGGUCAUCCAGAGAGAAGACAUGGAACAUCAAUGGAAGCAGAAGUUUGAGUUGGACAAACAAGAUCUUAACAAACUGGAGGCAGAGCUGAAGCACGACAGAGAGGAUCUGGAUAGACAGAGUGAGAUGAUGAACAAAGAGAAACGUGACUUGGAAAUGAUGAGGUCUGACAUCCUGAAACAAAGAGACAUGUUGGAACAAGAGAAACAAGAUGUAAAACUGGAAAGAGACAACUUGGAAGUCACAAAGAGUGAGCUACAAAAGAAGAUAGAACAUGCAGACAGUCAGUUUGAUGAGAGAAACAGAGAGAAAAGCAACAUUAAAGAUCUGACCCUUCAGCUGCAGACAGAAAGAGACAAACUUGAGAACGUCAUGAAGCGAGAACUCAAGGAAGACGAGUUCAAAAGACAAACACAAGAACUGGAAACCAGUAAGAACAGUUUACUGGCAGAAAGAGAAGAAUUGGAUCUUUUGAGGAAGGAUCUCAACAAAAAGUUAGAAGAGGUUGAAGCUGCCAUGAACACCAUCAGUGGAGAGAGAGAACAACUCAAUCAGAUGAAGAGUAGUAUUGACAUGGACAGACGGAUGCUUGACAAUGAAAAGGACAGAAUGGAAGGAGAAAGGUCUGAGCUGAAAAUAAGAGAAGAUCAACUCUUGAAUAAAAUGAAAUCAGUUGAAACUCUGAGGGAAAAACUCAAACAGCUGAAUGAGAGAAUGCAAGAAGACAUGAAAAAGAAAAGGGAAAGAUUACAACAAAACAAUGAAGAUGUAGUAAUGCUGUACACUGUGUUGGAACAAAAGCUCACAGCUCUAGAUGUACAGAGGGAAAACAUGGCUUGUUUCACUGAGCUUUUGGAGGGAGAAAAGAAAAGUCUGAUAAGUAUACUGUCAGACAUGGUCGUCCAGAGAGAAGACAUGGAACAUCAAUGGAAGCAGAAGUUUGAGUUGGACAAACAAGAUCUUAACAAACUGAAGGCAGAGCUGAAGCAAGACAGAGAGGAUCUGGAUAAAGAGAAUGAGAUGAUGAACAAAGAGAAACUGGACUUGGAGCUGAUGAAGUCUGACAUCCUGAAACAAAGAGACAUGUUAGAACAAGAGAAACAAGAUAUAAAAGAGGAAAGAGACAACUUGGAAAUCACAAAGAGUGAGCUACAAAAGAAGACAGAACAUGCAGACAGUCCGUUUGAUGAGAUAAACAGAGAGAAAAGCAACAUUAAAGAUCUGACCCUUCAGCUUCAGACAGAAAGAGACAAACUUGAUAACGUCAUGAAGCGAGAACUCAAGGAAGACGAGUUCAAAAGACAAACACAAGAACUGGAAACCAGUAAGAACAGUUUACUGGCAGAAAGAGAAGAAUUGGAUCUUUUGAGGAAGGAACUCAACAAAGAGAAAGAAGAUGUUGAAGCUGCCAUAAGCACCAUCAGUGGAGAGAGAGAACAACUCAAUCAGAUGAAGAGUAGUACUGACAUGGACAGACGGAUGCUUGACAAUGAAAAGGACAAAAUGGAAGGAGAAAGGUCUGAGCUGAAAAUAAGAGAAGAUCAACUCUUGAAUAAAAUGAAAUCAGUUGAAACUCUGAGGGAAAAACUCAAACAGCUGAAUGAGAGAAUGCAAGAAGACAUGAAAAAGAAAAUGGAAAGAUUAGAAACGAACAAUGAAGAUGUAGUAACGCUGUACGCUGUGUUGGAACAAAAGCUCACAGCUCUAGAUGUACAGAGAGAAAACAUGGCUUGUUGCACUGAGCUGUUAAAAAGAGAAAAGACAAGUCUAAAUACUAUACUGUCAGACAUGGUCAUCCAGAGAGAAGACAUGGAACAACAAUGGAAGCAGAAGUCUGAGUUGGACAAACAAGAUCUUAACAACUUGAAGGCAGAGCUGAAGCAAGAGAGAGAGGAUCUGGAUAGAGAAAGUCAGACGAUGAACAAAGAGAAACUGGACAUGGAGCUGAUGAGGUCUGACAUCAUGAAACAAAGAGAUAUGUUAGAACAAGAGAAACAAGACGUAAAAGAGGAAAGAGACAACGUUGAAAUCACAAAGUGUGAGCUACAAAAGAAAACAGAACAUACAGAUAGUCAGUUUGAUGAGAUCAACAGAGAGAAAAGCAACAUUAAAGAUCUAACCCUUCAGCUUCAGACUGAAAGAGACAAUCUCGAGAACGUCAUGCAAACGAUUAUCUCAAAACAAGAAGAACAAGAACUCAAGGAAAACGAAUUCAAAAGACAAACACAAGAACUGGAAACCAGUAAGAACAGUGUACUGGCAGAAAGAGAAGAACUGGAUGUUUUAAGAAAGGAUCUCAACAAGAAGAAAGAAGAGGUUGAAGCUGCCAUGAACACCAUCAGUGGAGAGAGAGAACAACUCAAUCAGAUGAAGAGUAGUAUUGACAUGGACAGACGGAUGCUUGACAAUGAAAAGGACAGAAUGGAAGGAGAAAGGUCUGAGCUGAAAAUAAGAGAAGAUCAACUCUUGAAGGAUCUGGAUAGAGAGAGUGAGAUGAUGAACAAAGAGAAACUGGACUUGGAGCUGAUGCGGUCUGACUUCCUGAAACAAAGAGACAUGUUAGAACAAGAGAAACAAGAUAUUAAAGAGCAAAGAGACAACUUGGAAAUCACAAAGUGUGAGCUACAAAAGAAGACAGAACAUGCAGACAGUCAGUUUGAUGAGAUCAACAGAGAGAAAAGCAACAUUAAAGAUCUGACCCUUCAGCUUCAGACAGAAAGAGACAAACUUGAGAACGUCAUGAAAACGAUUAUCUUAAAACAAGAGCAACACAGACAAGAAAUGAAAGAGAGAAAAGAUGAGCUUCAAAUCACAAUGACUCAGAUAAACAGAGAGAAAAACAACAUUAAAGAGCUGGCCCUUCAAGUUCAGACAGAAAGAAACAAAGUUCAGAAUGUGAUGAAAAUUAUUGCUUUGAAACAAAAAGAACAACAGCUCAAAGAUGCUGAGAUAAAGAAACAAACACAAGAACUGCUAAACAACAGGAUCAUCAUGCUAGAAGAAAGAGAAAAGCUGGAUGUUUUAGGGAAGGAUCUCAACAAGAAGAGAGAAGAGGUUGAAGCUGCCAUGAACACCAUCAGCGGAGAGAGAGAACAACUCAAUCAGAUGAAGACAAGUACUGACAAGGAAAGACAGAUGCUUGACAAUGAAAAGGACAGAAUGGAAGGAGAAAGGUCCGAGCUGAAAAUAAGAGAAGGUGAACUCCUGAAUAAAAUGAAGUCAGUUGAAAGUCUGAGGGAAAAACUUCAACAGCUGAAUGUGAGGAUGCAAGAAAACAUGAAAAAGAAAAUGGAAAGAUUACAAACGAACAAUGAAGAUGUAGUAAUGCUGUACGCUGUGUUGGAACAAAAGCUCACAGCUCUAGAUGUACAGAGAGAAAACAUGGCUCGUUGCACUGAGCUGUUGGAGGGAGAAAGGAAACUUCUAAAAACUACACUGUCAGACAUGGUCAUCCAGAGAGAAGACAUGGAACAUCAGUGGAAGCAGAAGUCUGAGUUGGACAAACAAGAUCUUAACAAACUGGAGGCAGAGCUGAAGCAAGACAGAGAGGAUCUGUAUAGAGAGAAUGAGAUGAUGAACAAAGAGAAACUGGACUUGGAGCUGAUGAAGUCUGACAUCCUGAAACAAAGACACAUAUUAGACCAAGAGAAACAAGAUAUAAAAGAGGAAAGAGACAACUUGGAAAUCACAAAGAGUGAGCUACAAAAGAAGACAGAACAUGCAGACAGUCAGUUUGAUGAGAUAAACAGAGAGAAAAGCAACAUUAAAGAUCUGACCCUUCAGCUUCAGACAGAAAGAGACAAACUUGAGAACGUCAUGAAGCGAGAACUCAAGGAAGACGAGUUCAAAAGACAAACACAAGAACUGGAAACCAGUAAGAACAGUUUACUGGCAGAAAGAGAAGAACUGGAUCUUUUGAGGAAGGAUCUCAACAAAAAGUUAGAAGAGGUUGAAGCUGCCAUGAACACCAUCAGUGGAGAGAGAGAACAACUCAAUCAGAUGAAGAGUAGUAUUGACAUGGACAGACGGAUGCUUGACAAUGAAAAGGACAGAAUGGAAGGAGAAAGGUCUGAGCUGAAAAUAAGAGAAGAUCAACUCUUGAAUAAAAUGAAAUCAGUUGAAACUCUGAGGGAAAAACUUCAACAGCUGAAUGAGAGAAUGCAAGAAGACAUGAAAAAGAAAAGGGAAAGAUUACAACAAAACAAUGAAGACGUAGUUAUGCUGUACGCUGUGUUGGAACAAAAGCUCACAGCUCUAGAUGUACAGAGAGAAAACAUGGCUUGUUUCACUGAGCUGUUGGAGGGAGAAAAGAAAAGUCUGAUAAGUAUGCUGUCAGACAUGGUCAUCCAGAGAGAAGACAUGGAACAACAAUGGAAGCAGAAGUCUGAGUUGGACAAACAAGAAAUUAACAACUUGAAGGCAGAGCUGAAGCAAGAGAGAGAGGAUCUGGAUAGAGAAAGUCAGACGAUGAACAAAGAGAAACUGGACAUGGAGCUGAUGAGGUCUGACAUCAUGAAACAAAGAGAUAUGUUACAACAAGAGAAACAAGACGUAAAAGAGGAAAGAGACAACGUUGAAAUCACAAAGUGUGAGCUACAAAAGAAAACAGAACAUACAGAUAGUCAGUUUGAUGAGAUCAACAGAGAGAAAAGCAACAUUAAAGAUCUAACCCUUCAGCUUCAGACUGAAAGAGACAAUCUCGAGAACGUCAUGCAAACGAUUAUCUCAAAACAAGAAGAACAAGAACUCAAGGAAGACGAGUUCAAAAGACAAACACAAGAACUGGAAACCAGUAAGAACAGUUUACUGGCAGAAAGAGAAGAACUGGAUCUUUUGAGGAAGGAUCUCAACAAAAAGUUAGAAGAGGUUGAAGCUGCCAUGAACACCAUCAGUGGAGAGAGAGAACAACUCAAUCAGAUGAAGAGUAGUAUUGACAUGGACAGACGGAUGCUUGACAAUGAAAAGGACAGAAUGGAAGGAGAAAGGUCUGAGCUGAAAAUAAGAGAAGAUCAACUCUUGAAGGAUCUGGAUAGAGAGAGUGAGAUGAUGAAAAAAGAGAAACUGGACUUGGAGCUGAUGCGGUCUGACUUCCUGAAACAAAGAGACAUGUUAGAACAAGAGAAACAAGAUAUUAAAGAGCAAAGAGACAACUUGGAAAUCACAAAGUGUGAGCUACAAAAGAAGACAGAACAUGCAGACAGUCAGUUUGAUGAGAUCAACAGAGAGAAAAGCAACAUUAAAGAUCUGACCCUUCAGCUUCAGACAGAAAGAGACAAACUUGAGAACGUCAUGAAAACGAUUAUCUUAAAACAAGAGCAACACAGACAAGAAAUGAAAGAGAGAAAAGAUGAGCUUCAAAUCACAAUGACUCAGAUAAACAGAGAGAAAAACAACAUUAAAGAGCUGGCCCUUCAAGUUCAGACAGAAAGAAACAAAGUUCAGAAUGUGAUGAAAAUUAUUGCUUUGAAACAAAAAGAACAACAGCUCAAAGAUGCUGAGAUAAAGAAACAAACACAAGAACUGCUAAACAACAGGAUCAUCAUGCUAGAAGAAAGAGAAAAACUGGAUGUUUUAGGGAAGGAUCUCAACAAGAAGAGAGAAGAGGUUGAAGCUGCCAUGAACACCAUCAGCGGAGAGAGAGAACAACUCAAUCAGAUGAAGACAAGUACUGACAAGGAAAGACAGAUGCUUGACAAUGAAAAGGACAGAAUGGAAGGAGAAAGGUCUGAGCUGAAAAUAAGAGAAGGUGAACUCUUGAAUAAAAUGAAGUCAGUUGAAAGUCUGAGGGAAAAACUUCAACAGCUGAAUGAGAGGAUGCAAGAAAACAUGAAAAAGAAAAUGGAAAGAUUACAAACGAACAAUGAAGAUGUAGUAAUGCUGUACGCUGUGUUGGAACAAAAGCUCACAGCUCUAGAUGUACAGAGAGAAAACAUGGCUCGUUGCACUGAGCUGUUGGAGGGAGAAAGGAAACUUCUAAAAACUACACUGUCAGACAUGGUCAUCCAGAGAGAAGACAUGGAACAUCAAUGGAAGCAGAAGUCUGAGUUGGACAAACAAGAUCUUAACAAACCGGAGGCAGAGCUGAAGCAAGACAGAGAGGAUCUGGAUAGAGAGAAUGAGAUGAUGAACAAAGAGAAACUGGACUUGGAGCUGAUGAAGUCUGACAUCCUGAAACAAAGACACAUAUUAGAACAAGAGAAACAAGAUAUAAAAGAGGAAAGAGACAACUUGGAAAUCACAAAGAGUGAGCUACAAAAGAAGACAGAACAUGCAGAUAGUCAGUUUGAUGAGAUAAACAGCGAGAAAAGCAACAUUACAGAGAUGGCCCUACAGCUUCAGACAGAAAGAGACAAACAUGAGAACGUCAUGAAAACGAUUAUCUUAAAACAAGAAGAACAAGAACUCAAAGAAGACGAGUUGAAAAGAAUAACACAAGAACUGGAAACCAGUAAGAACAGUGCACUGGCAGAAAGAGAAGAACUGGAUGUUUUGAGGACGGAUCUCAACAAAAAGAAAGAAAAGGUUGAAGCUGCCAUGAACACCAUCAGUGGAGAGAGAGAACAACUCAAUCAGAUGAAGAGUAGUAUUGACAUGGACAGACGGAUGCUUGACAAUGAAAAGGACAGAAUGGAAGGAGAAAGGUCUGAGCUGAAAAUAAGAGAAGAUCAACUCUUCAAUAAAAUGAAAUCAGUUGAAACUCUGAGGGAAAAACUUAUACAGCUGAAUGAGAGGAUGCAAGAAGACAUGAAAAUAAAAAUGGAUAGAUUACAAACGAACAAUGAAGAUAUAUUAAUGCUGUACGCUGUGUUGGAACAGAAGCUCACAGCUCUAGAUGUACAGAGAGAAAACAUGGCUCAUAUCACUGAGCUGUUGGAGGGAGAAAAGAAAAGUCUAAAAACGAUACUGUCAGACAUGGUCAUCCAGAGAGAAGACAUGGAAAAACAGUGGAAGCCGAAGUUUGAGUUUGACAAACAAGAUCUUAACAAGUUAAAGGCAGAGCUGAAGCAAGACAGAGAGGAUCUGGAUAGAGAGAGUGAAACGAUGAACAAAGAGAAACUGUACUUGGAAAUUAUGAGGAACAAGAUGUAA